AUGGCACAGGUUCCUGAAUCUUAUGAAUAUUUGUUUAAGUUUUUGAUUAUUGGUAGCGCUAGUGCAGGAAAAUCCUGUAUAUUACAUCAGUUUCUCGAACAAAAAUUUAGAAAUGAUUCAAGUCACACAAUAGGAGCUGAAUUUGGCAGUAAAGUUAUUAAUGUUGGAAAUAAAAACGUUAAACUUCAAAUAUGGGACACUGCUGGACAAGAAAGAUUUCGAGCGGUGACACGCAGUUAUUAUCGUGGAGCUUCAGGAGCUUUGUUGGUUUACGAUAUUACAAGUCGUGAAAGUUACAAUGCCUUAACGCAAUGGCUAUCUGAUGCUCGUACAUUAGCCAGUCCAAAUAUUGUUAUUAUUUUAUGUGGAAAUAAAAAAGAUUUAGAAAGUGACAGACAAGUAACAUUUUUAGAAGCUAGUCAAUUCGCCCUAGAAAAUGGCUUAAUGUUUCUUGAGACAAGUGCUUUGACAAGUGAAAAUGUGACCGAAAGUUUUAUAAAUUGUGCUAAAAGCAUUUUGACGAAAAUUGAAUCAGGUAGUAUUGAUCCAUUACGAAUGUAUUCUGGCAUACAGUGUGGCAGUACACUUGCUCGUCGUACACCAAAUUCUGCUGCUGCUCAGAAUCAGCAAACAAUCAACACCUCUGCUCCAGAAUGGUACGAUCCACAAGCAUCCAUUACACGUACAUUUCAAGUGUUAUUUUAUCCGCACGACAAUGGCAUCGAAAUGUACGACACGAAAAUACGUCGACCAUUCUUAAAACGAACGAAAAUUGAUACAAUGAAAUUAAGUGAUUUUUUUAUCGGAAAUACGAUCAACGUCUUUUCGCGCUCAUUAAAAGUUGUCGACUUUGGUGAUGCAUUUACAGCGAGAUGUGUUGGAAAAAACCAAGAAAGAACACUAGCCAUCAUCAAACCGGAUGCUGUUCGGUAUUUGGGCGAUGUCAUUAGCGCUGUGUAUGAAAACGGUUUUACAAUCGCUCGUAUGAGAAUGGUUCAGAUGUCACAAAAUGAAGUUAUGUAUUUUUAUUCUGAGCAUAAAGAUAAAGAUUUUUUCAAUCGCUUAGUGGAAUUUAUGACAAGUGGUCCAGUUGUUGCCAUAGAACUUGUGGGUUCUGAUGCGAUAGCGAAAUGGAGAAAUAUUAUUGGACCAACAGAUUCUCAAAAAGCGAAAGAACAAAGUUCUCAUUCACUUCGAGCAAGAUUUGGAACGGAUGGAACAAAGAACGCUUUACAUGGCUCAUCUUCUUCGACUGAUGCGAGUCGUGAAAUUUCAUUUUUCUUUGACUCAAAAUAUGGUAACAAUACAGCCUGUUAUAACGAUUCCACGUGUUGUGUUAUAAAACCGCAUGCAGUGGCUGAUGGAAGAGCUGGACAGAUAAUCAAUCAGAUAUUAUUAUCUGGUUUUCAGAUAUCAGCAAUUGGCACAUUCAGCUUAGACAAAGUCAAUGCAGAAGAAUUUCUUGAAGUAUACAAGGGCGUUGUUCAUGAAUAUCCAAAACUAGUUGAAGAAUUGAUGUCUGGUGCUUGUAUUGUACUUGAAAUUCGUGCACAAAAUGCACCAAUUGUUUUUCGAGAUUUUUGUGGACCACAUGAUCCAGAGAUUGCUCGACACAUUCGUCCUCGUACACUUCGCGCUUUAUAUGGUAAAGAUAAAGUCAAAAAUGCCGUUCAUUGUACCGACUUACCAGAAGAUGCUACGUUAGAACUGUCGAUUGUUUCAAAAGUCACUGUUCCACCAUAUGGACAUCGUCAAGGAUUUGUUCCAAGAAAACCUGAGAAUUUUGGUGAUGGUGGAGCCUUUCCUGAAAUUCAUAUGGCCCAACAUCCGUUGAAUAUGGGCUUAAACAAACAGCAAACGUCAAAUGCAUUGCAAUUGCAAAUGGAUGCUAGUGGAAAGCCAAAAUUUGAUGCUAUUGUUAAACAAAAUGUUAAAGGAAGCAAAAUUGUAUACUCAAAAUUUACCGACUUAUUACCAAUUGAAGUGCGAGAAGAUGAUCCAUCAUUACAAAAACCAUCUGAGGAUGAUUUAAAAGAGAAAACAGAAAAAACUCGUCAAGCAUUAGAAAAAAUGAUUGCAACAAAAGUAUCGGCUGCAUUGCCUGUUCAACAUGCUGAAAGACAAGCACCCGUUCAAUAUAUACGAUACACGCCUUCACAACAGGGCGCUGGAUUUAAUGCCGGUGCUAAACAACGUAUUAUUCAAAUGGUUGAAGUUCAGAAAGAUCCAAUGGAACCACCAAGAUUUAAAAUAAACAAAAAAAUUCCUCGUGGACCGCCUUCACCUCCAGCUCCGAUUAUGCAUUCACCAACAAGAAAAGUCACUGUAAAAGAACAACAAGACUGGAAAAUUCCGCCAUGCAUAUCAAAUUGGAAAAACGCUAAAGGUUUCACGAUUCCGUUGGAUAAAAGAUUAGCAGCUGAUGGACGUGGACUACAAAGUACAGCCAUCAAUGAAAAUUUCGCAAAAUUAGCCGAAGCUUUAUACACAGCCGAUUUAAAAGCUCGUGAAGCUGUUGAUAUGCGUGCGAAAGUUGAGACAACGUUGGCGAAGAAACAAAAAGAAGAGAAAGAAGCACGAUUACGAGAUCUGGCUAAUCAUGCAAGAACAGAUCGAGCUGGAAUUAGAAAUGCAGAUAAAAAAGAUGAAGAGGGUAUGGAACGUGAUCAAAUUCGCCAAGAAAGACAUAAAGAAAGACAAAGACAAAGCGCACUUCAACGAGCGGGACCGGAUAAACGUAAUCGUCCAAAAGAACGUGAUAUCAGUGAACAAAUUGCACUUGGAGUACCGAAUGCCGGAGCUUCUGGUGCACAAUUUGAUGCAAGAUUGUUUAAUAUGCAAUCGGUAAGAAUUAUAUUAUUUAAACUCCAUAAACGUGAAUAUUAUUUGCCAUUUUUGUUCAAGGGUAUUGGUCGUGGAUUUGGCGAUGAUGAUGAUUAUCGAGUGUAUGAUCAACCGUGGGGUUCAUCGACAACAGUCGCAUCACAAAUUUACAAACCAUCCAAAUCAGCUAAAGAUACUCUCGGUGAUACAGAAGCGUUGAUCACUGCAACAAAACGAUUUGAACCGGAUCGUGGAUUUAAAGGAUCGGAUCGUACUACAACACGUGAAGGACCUGUCCAGUUUCAACAAACUGAAGAAGAAGAUCCAUUUGGAUUGUCUGGUUUCUUGAAAGAAGCCAGACAUGGUGUAGCACCUACGACUACAACAUCGUCGUCUUCUAAACGAAGUACACAAGAUGAAAGAGAGGGACACGGAGGAGAUAAAAGAAGAAAAAGAUAA